AUAUGUCAAGUGGAGACAGUGAAACGUCAAAAGUUGGAGAAAUGUUUUAAUCUCAAUGAAAUCGGUGAACUGUGUUGUAUAAAAAUUGUGUUGCUUAAUGUUUUGAUAUGAAUUAUGCAAUGAAAUUGCGGUAGUGUAGAAUUUAGUACGCGGGAAUAUCAAUAUAAUGUCAAACGAAACAGACCUGUCUAUAUCGGUUCCUCGGUCGUGCUUAACCGAAUUUUAUAGUAAAUAUCUCCAUUUGGUGGAAACUUUUUACUAUGUUACGCUUUCUGAAAAGAAAUCCGAUGUCGCGAGUGAGCAGUCGGAAUAUGUGUAUUUCAAAGUAACUUUUAAUUUAAAUCCAGUUGAGAGCAAUUUAAUUCCAAGGGAACUUGUGGACAGAAUUCAGAAAUAUGUGGAGUCAUCAUUGGGCUGGACAGGCGAACGUGGUGAAGAUUCGAGCUAUGACUCCGAGUGUGAUGAUGAUGCCAGUCAUCGGACCGCCUCUCGCACACCUUCAGACACGCUGGCGGCUGAGUUUGCGGAGUACGUCACGCUUGCGCAACCACAACCCAAUCAGGCGAAAAUCGAGUUUGCCGUGAAACUGGGCUACUCGGAGCGGUUGGCUCGUACCGCGUUGCAGCGGCUCGGUUCAGAUCCGCCUCGGAACGAGCUGUUGGCGGAGCUCAUCAAGCUGGCUGCUAAGAGGCCUCCGGGGACCUCCUCCCCCCCACCUCCGACAGCCUCGCCUCCACCACCCACGGACGACCUCCCCGACAGACCUCUUAGACACAUCGUUAUUGAUGGAAGCAAUGUUGCCAUGAGCCAUGGCAACAAGGAAGUGUUCUCGUGCCGCGGCAUCGAGAUCUGCGUAGACUGGUUCAGAGCAAGGGGUCACAAGGAUAUAACAGUGUUUGUGCCGAAAUGGAGGAAAGAAGCUUCCAGACCGGACAAUCCGGUCGCCGAUAGAGACGCUCUCGAUAGAUUGGAACGGAACCGAGUGCUGGUGUACACGCCCAGUAGACUCUUGGGAGGGAAACGUCUCAUCUGUUACGACGACAGAUACAUCCUGCGAUUAGCGGCAGAGACGGACGGUAUAGUCGUCUCAAACGACAACUACAGAGAUCUAGCGGCGGAGAGCCCUGAAUUCAGAAAAGUUGUGGAAGAACGCUUGCUCAUGUUCUCCUUCGUCAACGACAGAUUCAUGCCACCGGACGAUCCUCUCGGACGAUCAGGACCUACUUUGGACACCUUCCUUCGAGCACCACCGUCCCGUAACGACGUUCGUUCAUACGGUCCGUACGGCCCACCACCUGCUUGUCCUUACGGAAGGAAAUGCACGUACGGGAAUAAAUGCAAAUUCCAUCAUCCCGAACGAGCCGGACGGCCUCACAAAUCCGUAGCCGAGAAGUUAUCCGAACGUGCCGCUAGGAAGGCGAAAGAUUUACAUACUCUCAGUCUUCCACCGGGAGGUCGACCCGCGGACAGUAAAAGACCUCUGGCCAGAGCCCAUUCUGCCACGCCGCGAUUGGCUGACGCUUCGCUGAUAUCGAAUUUCGACAGAGCCCAAAUACCAGGACCCUCGCAGGCAGAGCAUAACCCGCACCGCAAACUCGCCAGACAGCUGACACUCAACCCAACGUGUGACCCGCGACUCCACGCUACAGCGGUUAGAGUAUCGUCUGCCCCAGUGGGCGCGGCCGCGGCCCUACAUACUUACAACAACAUUUCCCUCUCGCCGUGUGCCUCCGAGGGCGCCUUGCAGAACUGGGAGGCUCGACGUAGAAUGCAUUUCCAUUUGGCCGGUGUGUUCCCUGAAGCUCAAGUCGCGGAAGCGAUGGCCUCAUAUCCAGAUGAAACUGACGCAAAGAAGAUGUGCGCUAUCAUUUUAGACAGAUACCGUCCGAGCGAGUCGCUGCCACCACGGCCUACCCACUGACAAGAUGUGAGGGUAGAUUGUAAAUAUCAAUACAUUCGCAUAUACAUACUUAGAAGCUGUUUAUUAUAGAAUUGAACUCAAUUUCUUUUGGAAAUCGAGUAUUAUAUUCGUGUAAUAAAAGAUACGUAAAGCUUAAUCAUACGGUCAUUGUCUUUUUAAUAAUUAGAUGGAAAGGCAUACGAUUGAAACAAAUUAAAAAAAUGCGAUAUAUUCGUAGACUAUGAUAAUGUAUACGUCAUCUUUUAUAUUUGUUGAUUCGUUUUGUUUUAGAAUGUCCAUUACUGGGACAAAUCAAACGGACUUGAUGAAAACUCAUAUAUAGACACAUACUUCUGAGAAGCAUAUGUCGCUAUGAAAUAAGUUUAUUAUCUGUGAAAUGUGCAAAUAACAAUUUUUUUUACACUAAAACAUAAUCAGACAUUGAUUUCAACAUUUGCUCUUAGUGAGACAAAGGAGAAAAUUAAAGAUUUCUUUUUUUACCUGGAUCUACUUUGACAAAACAAUUAUAAAUAUAUGUAGGAAAAGCUUCAGACACCACAUACAUUAUUAUGCUGCACAUUUAACAUAUAAUUAGUUAAUUAAUAUAACUGUAUACAUAUGUAAUGUAUAUCGAAUUAAAAAAAAAAAUAAUUCUUGUGAUGAAUAUAUUUGGUACUAUGUACCAAUUAAAAGUUGAAUAUCUGAUAGUUUAUUUAGUGUGUAAGUUGUAAUUUAAAUGAGCGAUUCACUCAGCAUUUACAAACUGUUAGCUGACACAAGGUUAUGACGAUCACACAUUAUGUGUGGAAUUGAAGGAGGUGCUCUUCAAGAACACAUACAUAUGUUAUAAUGUUUAAGUUAUGUAAACAAUAUACAUGUUGUUUGAUUUUAUUAAAUUGAACUGUUUAAAAUAAUAUAAAAACAAAACUAAAUGCAAUGCAUCAAAUGUAAGAUAAAAUUUAUCAGCUAGUUUGGUCAUACUUUAUAUAAAAUUAAAUGUUUUGUAUGGAGUAUACCAAAUCAUUAAUGUACACAAAUUUCACCGAUACACAUUCGGUUUGUACUUGGUGAAGUUUGAUUUCAGUACUCAUAUCUUAAUCUAGACUAGGUCCUAGUUAUAUUACUAACAAUUUAAGAUUAUAUUUAUUGAGUGCUGUUAUAUUAUAGUAUAUAGACAUAUAUAAUUAAGUUAAGAGAAAAAUAAUAAAUCUCAAUAUAAGAA